AUGGAGGAAAUCAAGGCUGAGACAGCCAAAUCUACCUUUGAAAAGACCGAUGAGGAGGUAGAUGUGGGUGUCGGAAAUACCGAGCUAGAGCCGGAGGUCACCGACAACAAGAAUGAGGAGUAUAGCUAUGAAUCGGAUCGGUCACCUUUUCCAGAAGUCAGAGCUGUUGUCCCCGAGACCGACGAUCCUACCAUGCCCGUCAAUACUGUGCGCAUGUGGAUGCUGGGCAUUGUGUUCACCAUCCUGGGCUCUGGCAUCAACCAAUUCUUCUCCCUACGAUACCCAUCGGUGCACAUCGUAGCGCUAGUCGCAGAGCUACUCGCAUAUCCACUCGGUGUAUUCCUCGCAAAGACACUCCCACUUUCUACCAUCAGCCUCGGACGUCUGGGUUCCUUCACGAUUAAUCCGGAUCGUCAAUUCAAUAUCAAAGAACAUGCGCUCAUCGUGAUCAUGAGCAAUGUCUCCUUCGGCUUUGCUACUGCCGAUGCUACCAACAUCAUUCAAGCUGCGAGCAAGUCCUUCUACAACUUUCACCUAAAGCCUGGCUUCUACGUGAUGAUCGUGUUGUGCGCCCAGCUUCUAGGUUUCGGUGUAGCUGGACUCGCGGCGCCGUGGCUGGUUGAGCCGGCAAGAAUCAUCUGGCCAGGUGUGCUCUCCAACUGUGCUAUGCUGGAGACACUCCAUUCUCGGGCCAACUCUAUUGCUAACGGUUGGCGCAUCUCUCGCCUGCGCUUCUUUAUGUACGUUAUGGGCGGCGCAUUCGUGUGGUAUUGGUUCCCUGGCCUGAUUUUCACCGCGCUGUCAUACUUUACUUGGGUUUGUUGGAUUGCGCCGAAGAAUAUCGUGGUCAAUCAGCUUUUUGGCAUGCAAACUGGACUCGGCCUGAGUCCGAUUACCUUCGACUGGAGCCAGAUUGCUUAUAACACGAACCCGCUGUUAUCGCCAUCAUGGGCAGCGAUCAAUGUGUUUUUCGGAUUCGCAUUCUUCUUUUGGAUCAUCACUCCAAUCCUCUACUACACGAAUACCUGGUUCACGGCCUAUCUACCCAUGAUGACCAGUGAUGUAUACGACAACACAGGCGCCGUCUAUAACACGUCCCGUGUCGUGGGAGCAGACAAUACCCUGGACGUCGCAGCAUACCGCAAGUACUCACCCCCUUAUCUGGGCGCAACCUUUGCAUUCGUGUACGGUCUGUCUUUCGCUUCCAUCACCUCUGUGCUCUCACAUAUUGGCAUCUGGCAUGCUCGCGAUCUGUGGGCCGCCAUGAAAGGUCGCAACAAGCUCGACAUCCACGCUCGUCUGAUCCGUGCCUCGUACCGCAAGACACCCUGGUACUGGUAUACCACCAUCAUUGUGAUUAUCAUGGCCAUGGCUAUUGCAAUGGUAGAAGUCUACGAGACCAAGCUCCCCGUAUACGGCGUGUUCCUGGGUUUAAUCAUUCCAGCCAUCUACAUGGUUCCCUGCGGUAUCGUCCAGGGUAUUACCAACGUUGACGCGAAUCAACUCAACGUGCUCUCUGAGUUCAUCGGAGGAUACAUGUUCGAGGGUAAACCGCUGGCAAACAUGAUCUUCAAGAUUCUGUCAACCGAUGUCGUUGGCCAGGGUGUUUAUUUCGCCAUGGACAUGAAACUAGCGCAUUAUCUCAAAGUACCACCGCGGACUACUUUCGUCGCGCAGGGUAUUGCGACUGUCUUGGGUGCACUGACGCAGGCGGGCGUGACUCUGUGGAUGUUGGGUAAUAUCGAUGGGAUUUGUGAGUCGGACCAGGCGGAUGGGUUCUCUUGUCCCAAUGGCCGGACUGUAUACUCGUCGUCCGUGAUUUGGGGUCUGGUUGGACCGCGUAGACUCUACUCGGCAGGCGAGAUAUACUCUCCGCUACUACACUUCUUCUGGAUCGGAGCUAUCGCGCCGGUUAUUACCUGGGCUUUGUAUCGCUAUACUAGAAAGCGCUUCUGGAAGUUGAUCAACUGGCCUCUGAUUUUCGUUGGCACAUACAAUGUCCCUCCCGCAACCGGUAUCAAUUACUCUAGCUGGGCAUUGGUCAACUUCGUCUUCAAUCACGUCCUGAAGCGCCGCUUCUUUGCUUGGUGGACCAAGUACAAUUAUGUCCUGGCUGCUGCACUGGACACCGGCCUCGCGCUGAGUGGUAUUGUUAUCUUUUUCUGCGUCUCAUAUCCCGGAGCAACUUUCCCGGAUUGGUGGGGGAACACUGUUUAUUUGAACACUGCGGAUGGCCAGGGUGUGGCAUAUAAAGCUAUGCCGGAUGCAGGAUUCUUUGGGCCUGCAAAUGGAACAUGGACUUAA